UGAUCUAUAUCGAUCUUAAUUGAAGAAGAGUUGGGCUUGUAGUCCAAUAUCCAUUCAUAAAAAGCCCAAAUCCCUUCUUAAAAUAUCAAAUUCGUCUUCCCAAACGCGAAGAAGGAAACCCUAAAUCCUCGCAACGAUGUCGUACGACGACGUGGAGAUCGAAGACAUGGAGUGGAACCAAGAGCUUCAGGCCUUCACCUACCCUUGUCCCUGCGGCGAUCUUUUCCAGAUCACCAAAGAAGACCUCCGACUCGGCGAGGAAAUCGCCCGCUGCCCUAGCUGCUCCCUCUACCUCACCGUGAUCUACAACAUGGAAGAUUUUCAGGAAAAAUCCAACAAAAAGGCCGAGCCUCCCAAGCCGCAGCCCGUCGCCGUCGCUUGAAAUAUUCGCAGGUCUCGUUAAUUUUUUGGUUAUAUUCAUGGAUGAGUUAGAUUAGGUAUUCUGUAAUAUUGUUGGUUGCUGAAUUUGUACCAUUUUUGGGGAGACAUAGUAAUUGAUUAUCCGAGAUGGUUAAUUCUUCCUUGUUUACAA